UGGCGCUCCUGCUUAGAUCUAAAAACUCUACACUUUUCAUCUUUUAUAAAUCUUCAACAUUGAUGUCCUUUCCAAGAAUUAAACUCUAAAGUCUCUUCUAUAUCAAAAUGUCCCAAAGAAGAAGACCCAUUUUCCAGAGGGUCUCAAAACUACUAAAAGUCUCGAUCUUGAGAAGACCCAUCAUCCCUAGACUCAAGCUCAUUCCCAUUAAACGAAGAAGAUCAUCCAAAAGGGUCAAACUCCUUCAGCAAUACAACUAUAACUUUCUCCAAGAGUAUCAGUUCUCGCCUUCACGUACAUCGCUUAUUCGUUCCUGUAGGAAGCGAAUUCGGAUAACUAGAGCGGGGCUUAAACGCAUUUACAAGUUAUUGAUUCUUUCACGGUGCAUUGGCUGCAAUGACGAUACAAUAACACAAAGUUGGAUGGAGAUAGAGCCUUUGCAUUAUGCCCUUGGAGUUGCUUCUCCUGCAAGGGAGCUUCCGCAGCCGUUUGAUUACUUCAGCGAAGAUGAUUCAAUUGACUUGAAGGCUGAGAGAUUCAUUGAAAAGUUCUACAAUGAGAUGAAGAUGCAGGCGAGGGUAUUCGCUUGAUUGAAACAUUAUUUACUUUUUUGAAUUUUGGAAUAUUUAUUUUCGUGUUAGUUUUUUCGUUUUGUUGUUAAGUGUCUCCGCAUCAUAUUUUUGAGACCUUUGGAGACUCAUUUAUUUCACUCUACACUAUAUCAGUUUACAAUUUUCAGUUUUA